CCAAGUUGGCAGCCCAACAAGCAUCAAAAAUACAGGGGUUGAUAUUGAAAGUGCCUCCGAAAAGAAAAAGAAAAGAAAAAUUAAAAUUGGUGCAAUUUUAUAAAGUUAAACCUUAAGAAAAGGUCGCGGUUCACUGUGUGUUGUCAAGCCACAUUAUAAUUCAACGUCCCAGCCUUUUGUAAAGCUCGCAGUGGCGUUAAAGAGAGGUGAAAUGUAAACGCAGAAACGGGAAGAACAACAAACACAAAGAAAAGGCGCAUACGGCAAACACCACACACAAUGGAGAACCUGAAAGUCAGUGAAAAGCUAUUCGAAAAUGUGAUAUAUUUUGUACUCGGCAACUUGGAUGAAGAGAUUGAGCGUUUUUUAAAAAGCGGUGGAGCCCAAUAUAAAUUGUAUUUGUCGGAUAAUAUAACCCAUUUAAUAUGUGCCACCAAUUAUUCCGAGGAGGAGUUGUCCAUGAAUUUGGAUCUCUACAGCGCCAUUCCAGUGACAGAGCAAUGGAUUCUACACAGUGCGAAAUUGGGUCGAAUGGCAUCCACACGAGCCUUCGAUCCCAGUCAGGUGCGUCUAAUGCGGGGCAUACGCGCCGCCGUCACCAAUGUGGUGGCCAGCGAUCGUCGUCGUCUCUAUGCCAUGCUCACCUACCAUGGGGCUGUCGUAACGCAUAGUUUUGGGGCCACCAAUACGCAUCUGGUGUGCGGAGCUGCCAAUGGCGGGAUCUACAACAAGGGAUUGGCAUUGCCAAAAAAUGCCAUUAGCAUUGUUACGCCCGAUUGGGUAACGGAUUGUCUCAAAUGCAAAAUGUGUCUUCCUGUCGAGCCUUAUCAUCCUAGACUGUUGAAACCUACGGAGAAAAUACGAUCGCAGAAGCAUCAUCAGCAGCAGCAGCAGCAACAACAACAACAACAACAACAACAUCAGCAACAGUUACAGCAACAGCAGCAACAACAACAACAACAGCAGCAACAGCAGCAGCAACAACAGCAGCAGCAACAACAGCAGCUUCAACAAGUUCAGCAGCAGCAGCAAUCACAACCAACAGCAGCAACCUCAACAUUAUCAGAAAUUUUAAGUUUUGGCGAGGAUAGCGCAGCUGCAAAAAGUAUUGCCAAUAUUAAAUCCCAACUUCAGGCAUCUGCAGAACAAAUGCAGCAGCAACAGAUGCCUGCCACACAGCAACAGGUUGUCUUUGUGCGGCCCCAAGCCCAGCCUCAGCAACAACAACAAGUGCAACAAGUUCAACAGGUGGCAACAAGUCAUCCACAACAGCAACAGAUAAUCAUACAGCAGCAAAAGAUUUUGCCAGGCAAUCUGCAGCAGCAGCAACAACAGCAACCAAAUCAACAACAACAAAUUAAAAAUAUUUUGCAACAACAAAGGCAAAUGAAAAGCUCUCAACAGCAGCAACAACAACAACAGCAUCAGCAGCACCUGCAUCAACAACAACAGCAACAACAACAACAGCAGCAACAACAGCAGCAGCAACAACAACAGCAGCAGCAGCAACAACAACAACAAAUUCAACACCAAAUACAAGUGUUACAACAACAACAGCAACAACAUCCACAGCAACAACAGCCACAACAACAAUCACCUAGACUGCUUGCCACACCAACUGGACGUUUAACGCCUCGAACACCGCAGCCAACAACGGGUGUAACACCUCCACAACAGCAGCAACAAGUUGUUCAGCAACAACAACAACAACAGCAGCAGCAACAAGUAGUGCAACAACAAGUGGUCCAGCAACAGCAAGUGAUACAGCAACAACAAGUGGUCCAGCAACAACAACAACAAUCGAUAUCUCCACAAAUGGUACAUCUAAUCAGACAGCAACAACAAUUGCAGCAACAACAUAUGCAAUAUCAACAACUAAUACAAAGCGGGCAAACGCUGUCGCCACAACAACUACAACAUCAGCGUCAGAUUGCACAACAGCAGCAACAAUUACAGAUGCAAGUGCAACAGCAGCAACAAUUACAGAUGCAAGUACAACAGCAACAAUCGCAAGGUUUGCAACAACAGCAAUCACCGCGAAUGGUGCAAAAUCAUUCGCCCGGCAUGCCACCAAGUACGCCUUCGCCGUCGUUGCAGCAACAGCAGCAACAUCAUGCCAGCAGCAAUAUGUUACCGCCACCACAAUCGCCGCGGCAGCUACAAUCACCCGCUCCACUAAUGACACCGCCGCCACCGCCUUCACCACAGAGUGCACAGCAUUUGAGGCAACAGCAGCAGCAGCAGCAGCAACAACAGCAGCAACAAUUGCAACAAAAUCGACAGCACAUGAUAGGUUCACCGCAGCAACCGCCAAUGAUGUCACCACAGCAACAGCAACAAAUACAACCCUUGCAACAACAACAACAAAUGCAACCCUUCCAGCAGCCUGUGCAUCAACAACAACGAAUGCAAUUGCAACAACAAAUGGCCCAACAACAGCAACAAAGUCCGCAACAUAUUUCAGCGCCACAAUCACCGCAAAUUUCGCAAACACCGCCAAUGCAAAGCAAACAUCAACAUCAGACUGUGACGGGACAACAAACAUUACAAAAACCAAUAGAUCCAACCGAUCCUGUGCAGGUUGCCCAAGUGCUUAGUCGCUCAACACUUAGCAGUAAUCAGGAUUCGUUAAUUAUGCGACAACAACAGUUGAAGCAACAGCAGCAACAACAAUUGCAACAAUCACAAAUAGCUCCACAGCAGCAGCCGCAACAACCUCAAACACCAACACUACAACAGCAGCAGCAGCAGCAGCAGCCUCAACAGCCACAACAACAACCACCACAAACUCAACCUCAAACAACAACGUUACAGCAGCAACCUCAGCCACAACUGCAACAACAACAACAUCCACAACAACAACAACAGACUUUGGCACCACAACAGCAACAACAGGCUUUGGCACCACAACAACAACAACAACAACAGUUGGCAACUGGACAACAACAACAGGUUAUGCCGCAACGGCAUGUUAUAAACACAUCCACGGCACAAGGGCAACAAAUCAUACAAAGUCAUAUGAUGAAUCUUCAACAAAAGCAGCAGCAGCAACAACAACAAGUGUUACAUUUGCAACAACAACCACAGCAGCAACAGAUUCCACAACAACAGCAGCAGCAGCCCCAAUUACAACAACAACAGCAGCCACAACCCUUGCAACAGCAAGUGCAGUUUACAUCACAGCAACAAAUUGCCCUUGGAACCGGUGGACAAGUGCGCAUCAUUCAGCAGACCAUUCAGCCACCGCCACAACAACAACAGCAGCAACAACAAAUACAACAACAACAAACACAACAAGUUUUGGGACAAACGCCACAACAACAGCAACAGCAGCAGCAACAACCACAACAAACACAAGUCAUGCAACAACCGCAGGGCAAGAAAUUUUUAAUUAGUCAACAGCAAUUCAAUCAGCUUAGUGCGCAACAGCAGCAACAGAUUUUGGCACAGAAUCAACAAAAUCAAAAUGUAUUUAUUGUAAAUCAAACGCAGCAACAACUUGCCCAGCAGCAACAACAACAAAUGUUGCAACAACAGCAACCGGUGUUGCCACAGCAGCAGCAGCAGCAACGCAUGCAAAUGCAACAACAACCACAGCCUCAACAACAAAUUGUUGUAAAUCAACAAAUUUUGAAUGAACAACAGCGUCUACAAUAUAUACAGCAACAACAAAUGAUGCAACAAAAACAACAACAGCAACAACAAACUCAGCAGCAGCUGGUUGGGCCACCGCAGCAACAGCAGCAACAAAUACUUAUACAACAACAACAGCAGUUAACACCGCAACAGCAGCAGCAGCAGCAACAAAUUCUACAACAAAAACUACCAAUUGAUGUGCAACAACAACAACAACAGCAACAAAUUAUGCAACAAGUUCUAAUUAAACAACAACAAUCGCCUCAACAUCAUCCGCAAAUGCAACAACAACCGCAUUGGUCACCACGUAGCCCGGCCUCGGGACAAAUGCCGCCAACAACACCAGGCACACCCACAAGCAGUGCGCCGUCUCCUCUGCCAGGUGGUCCAACAACCCCGCAGAGUCAGCAGCAACAACAGCAGCAGCAACAACAACAACAAUUCGCGCCUCGUGUGCGUUCGCAAACACCGUGGCCAGCACAACAACAACCACAACAACAGCCACAGCAGCAACCACAUCCUCAACCUCAACAACAACCUCUUGUAUUGCAACAGCCCCAACAACAACAACGAAUCGUUUUAGAUGAGAAAAUGCAUGCCCAUUUCCUCUCACUAGAUGCCCACAAACGAGCCGAAUACAUCACGAAAUUGAAUCAAAAUAAGCCAAGGGUUAUGCUCCGCCAACAAGUAUAUCAGUCUCGUCCAGGAGCGCCAGGUAAUGUGGUAGCUACACGACCCGCUGGCCCCGUGCCUGCUGGUCACAUUAUCGUGCAGAGUCAAAUGCCCGCUGGCCUAACAGCCCAGCAGCAAGUCCUGUGGCUGCAACAUCAAGGUACACGCCAAGUUGUUGUACGUGCCGGCGGGGCACCUGGUUUAAGUCCCAUCCAACAACAACAACAACAACAGCCCGGAGCUGUGCCCCCACAACAACAGCAACAGCAGCAGCAGCAACCGCAAAGUCAGCCCUUCAAUCCAAACGAUCCCAAUCAGCAGAUCCUCUUACAGCGCCAACAGUUGCGUGUCCAACAGAUUCCCAUGCAACAGCAAGCACCGCCACAGCUAAGCAAGCAGACAGUUCAGCUAAUCACUGGUCCGAAUGGUCAACUGAUUGAGCAGCAAACGAUUGUACAGCAACAACAGCAGCCCCCAUCCACUCCAGGUACACCGACAACUCCAGGUGUCGGCGUUGGCGGUGGCCCCAUUCAAGUGGCCGGAACCCCAGGCACUGGCAAUAUUAUGACACAAACUUUGGUUAUGAGUUCAACAGGUCCCGAUGGACAUUCACAGCAAACACCGCAGCAGAUGAAUUUGAAGACAAAAACCGCUCUGGCCAAUAUGCUAAGCAAUCGGUUAGGCAACAAUGGAACACAACAGCCUCAACAACAAAUUAUAACAAUGGCCGAUGCCCAGCAACAGCAACAGGCACAACCGCAGCAAACGCAACAAAUUGUUCAACAAGUUGUUGUAGCUGGAUCUCAGCAGCAGCAGCAAUUGUUGAUCCAACAGCAGCAGCAACAGCAACAACAACAACAGAUGGUUGUUCAGCAACAGAUUGGUGGACCGCAACAACAACAGCAUGUGGAACCAGCAUCGGCAGCUGGUGCUCUACGCAUGAUGGGACAACAACAUAAUGCAGCAGUUGGUAUAACUGGGCCACCAAGAACUCAACAGGAGUUGCUAAUGCUACAGCAGCAACAACAACAACAACAGCAGAUGUUACAACAGCAACAAAUGCGACGAGUUGUCGCCGUGCCACAACAGCAGCAGCAACAACAGCAGCAGCAACAGCCACCCCAGCAACAUUUGGUCCAACAACAAAUCGUAGUUGCACCCACGCAAUCGCCACAACAACAACAACUUCAAGUUGGUGUCGGUGUGCCAGUGCAAGGACCACCACAUGGUUACAUGCAGGUGCGUCCUGGUCAACCGCCCAUACCGAUGCCACCACGUCCUCAGUUCUAUGGUCACAAUCCGAAUCUUAAGCUGCCCGCCGAUCUAUUCCUCGUUGGCUGCACCUUUUACAUUGUGGAAUACGAUGAGACCGACAGCGAUGAGUUGCCCAUUUGGUUGGAUACCAUACGACAAUUUGGCGGUGAUAUCGAGCGUGUCUAUUGUCCACGUGUCACCCAUGUCAUCUGUCGCACCCAGAGACACGGAGUUGUGAUGCAGGCUCUCCGCGAUGCCAAACGUUGUGUGACCGCAUAUUGGUUGAGUGAUAUUUGUCUGAAGCGACAAUUGAUGCCGCCAUGGCAGCCAUUGCAUCUGCCGUUUCCCAGUCAAUUUGGUUAUCGUAAGCCCCUGGAACGUUAUAUAAUCACAUCAGAGGGUUUCGAGGGCGAAGAAGUUGUACGCCUACAACAAAUGGCCGAGGAAUGCGGCGCCAUAUACACAUCGUAUUUGUCCAAAGUGAAUACAUUGGUUGUCUGCAAACAGCUGGAGGGCAAUAAGUUUAAUGCGGCCAAAGAAUGGAAUAUACCCAUGGUGAAUGCCCUCUGGCUGAGCGAUGUAUGCAUUGGCAAUCUCAGCGGUCUUACCCAAUACGAGACGCCCAAAUAUCAGCAAUACAAUCUAGUGGCUCCAUUCCGCAUUGAAUGUAAUUUGGUGCCCCAUUUACUUGCUGCUUGGAAAGCGCCCAUUAAUCUCACACAGGAGGCACACGAACGUGUCAAACGUCAUUUGUCUGAUCCAUUUAAUAACGAGCAGAAAUUGAAGCGACAGAAACUAAACAUUUUCCAGCAGGAACAACUGCCAGAGCAAAUAGUAUGCAUUGAAUAUCCACAGACGACAAAACCUCCCAAGGUCAUUUUCUCCCAAGUAGCUGAUGCUGAGGCUCUCAAAAAGGCUGUGCUACUCUUGGGCGGCAUUGUUGUGGAUAGUCCCGAGGAGGCUACCCAUUUGGUAAUGACACGCGAGAGUCGCACUUGUAAAUUGAUUCAGGCUUGCUGCCAUGUUGAUUAUGUGCUCAAAUCCAGCUGGCUGGUGGAGAGCGCCAAGGCUGGCAAAUUUGUGCCAACCGAACCGUAUCGCAUCCAACAAAUACCAGUCGAUGAGAAUCUACAAUUUGAUUUGGAUACGGUGCUGUGCGCUCCGACACGUUCCACAUUGUUUGCGGGCAAACAUUUCUAUGUGACACCCGAUGUCUUUCCGGCGCGUGAUGAUAUCAUACGUAUGAUAGAGUCCUCUGGUGGCAAAGUGGAGCUCAAGAGACGAAGUGGUGCAGCAGUGGCCGAGGCGCAUGUACAGGCUCCCGAUUCAUAUAUUAUAGUCACAUGCCCAACGGAUAUGCAUCUUUGUGCCGAUUUGACGCGGCAUGGUAAUCCAAAGUGUCACAUUGUGUCAACGGAAUUUGUGAUGAGCUCAAUACUACGGCAGCAGUUAGAAAUUGAACCCAAUUUGAUACCUUACUUGUAUAACAAUAAUAUUGCCAAUAGCUGCAACAACAACAACAACAAAUCCUAGCGACGACAUUUUCGACGUCUGUUAUGAACCUAUAAUCCAAUCUAUAAUCACUCAAAUAAGAUCCCCCUAGAUUGUAGAAGGAUACGCUAUUUUAAUGCAAUAAGUUGCUUCAACAUGAAUCUAGUCUGCUGAAUUCAUCAGUUUUCUUGUAUGCACGAAAUGAUUUUGCCUAAUUUUAUUCAUUAUAUGUACAAACAUACAUACAUCAUAUACAUAGACCAUUCUCUUUGUAAGUAGUAAUAUUUUCUCGGCUUUAACAAAUUGUCUAUUUCUAUGCGCUAAGCCACGCCACUGCCUGCAUAAGGACUGUUGACUGAGACUGAUUACCAUGUAGUGCAUCCUAGGGCAAUCUUUGUGCUUAUCCCAUUGUCACUUUGUAUAGUGCAAUCAUUAAGUUUCCAAGUUUCCGUGCAUGAUUACUUUUACAUACCUAGCAGAUUCUCCUUACAUAUCGUAUUCUAAAUUCAAAACUCUCAGGGCAUUCCCAUGGGAUUUGUACUCAACUCAGUUUUGUGGCUAAUUAAGGUGUGUGUGUGCGUGUGUGUGUGUUUGUGUAUGUCAUUUGUGUAAAAUUUGAAACUAUAAGUUAACUUGUUCCAACAUUUUUAAAUCCUAAUUUCGAUUAUAUGCUUCGCACCAGAUCAUUUAGUUUUCUAUAUCAGUUCUGAAUAACAAUAUCAAUUAUAUGUGUAUAUAGAUUGAUAAUUUUGUUCUUAGAUCAGCAAUGAAUUUAAGGAUAUACAUAUAUUUAUUUAUUGCUCUAUACUGGUAUAUAGAUUAAAUAAUCAGCAAGUCAUCAACUAGCUAGUCCACAUAAUAUCGGGCAUAAGAUCAUUUUAGUUUGCCAUGAGAAGCGCUUAACACGAUUAAAAUAUGUAGUUAUAAAUUUAUUUUUGUACAUUGAGAAAAUUUGCAAUUCAUUACAAUUUAUAAUUCACGUUUGUUAAAUAUUAAUGUAGGCAUUACCGAUUAACAAUAGAUGCAUAUAUAUACAUAUAUCUAAGAACAGAGUGUAAAAGGAUCGAUCUAUCAUAAAAAUGUUGUAGCUAUAAGGUUUGUGCAACAAUUCAACAAAAUUAAACAAUCAUUCUCUAUAUAUUUUUGUAGGUCGA